UCUUCAAACUUUUUUUUAGAUUUUGGCCUGAAGAAGUGAGAAGCCGUGUCAAAUCCACAUAUCUUUAUUUUACUGGAAGUUUGGCCAUAACAGCUGUCUCUGCAUAUGGAAUAAGCCAAAGCAACGCAGUCUAUGCAAUGAUGAGGGCAAACAAAUGGCUGGUACUUGGAGGCAGUCUGGUUGCUAUGAUAGGAACAUCUAUUGCCUGUCAGUCAAUUCCGUAUGAACCUGGCUUUAACGCUAAACAUCUGAUGUGGAUAGGACACAGUGCGGUGAUUGGUGCUGUCAUUGCACCAAUGGUACUUCUUGGUGGUCCACUGGUUUUGCGCGCUGCAGCAUACACUGCAGGCACCGUCGCUGGACUCUCCCUCACUGCAGCCUGUGCUCCCGAUGGGAAAUUUCUGACAUGGGGUGGCCCAUUGGCCCUCGCAUUGGGAGGCAUUUGUGUUGCAUCAAUCGGUGGCAUGUUUCUUCCGGCGUCCUCAGCAGUUGGAGCCGGUAUCAAUUCUGUUGUAACGUAUGGUGGGCUGGUCAUUUUCGGAGGCUUCAUGCUGUAUGACACACAGAAGAUAAUAAAGACUGCUGAAGUCACGACGUACCAGCGAAGGCCGUAUGAUCCCAUUAAUGCGUGAGUAUCUGUAGCACAAAGUUUCUUUAUAAUUUUGAAUCCCGGUUCCUCCAACAUUCUCUUAGGCCAGUAGGAUUGCCCGUUCAAGUUUUCUAGCAGGGCAAAGCAGGGCAUGUUCACUUCGCUUGUAGCAAAGCAAAGGAUGCACUUUAAGAUCUGUGAACAUGGCUUGCUGUACGUGAAUUAAAAAUAAUGCGUUAUCCUUUGGUUUUUACUGUGACAUUUUAGUCAAAGAUAAUUAGUUUUAUAAUUAGCAAGCAAUUUACCAAGUGUUCUUGUUCAAGACCCAUUCCCCCAGUCUGUAGAUCUGGAUUGUAGUCUUGAAGACUGUGAUGCUUUGAUAGCUCUUGAAAUGCGCAUUCACAUAAAACCUCAUCAUCAUCAUCAUUAGCCUGUCACACCACUGCUGGCGGAUGGCCUCCACAUCUUUCUCCACUCAUCACGGUUUUGGGCACUCUGGGUCCACGUGCUGCCUGCCUUCUGCUCGAUCUCAUCUCUCCAUCUUUUCUUUGGUCUUCCCUUUCCUCUCUUCCUGUCCCACGGAGUCCAUUCUGUCGUUUUCUUAGCCCAUUCGUGGUUCUUCAUUCGUGCUACAUGUCCUGCCCACUUGCCUUUGGCUUCAAUCACUUUCUCGAUGACAUCCUUCACCCCUGUUCUUGAUCUUAAGUCUUCGUUCCUGAUCUUAUCUCUCCUCGUAACACCCAGCAUUGAUCGUUCCAUGCUCCUCUGGGUGACUGCCAGUUUCUCUCUUUGGCGGUUGGUAAGUGACCAUGUCUCAGCUCCAUACGUCAUUGAUGGCAGUAUGACAGUGUUCAUGAUCUUCCUUUUGAGACACAUGGGCAUUCUUUGAUCUCUCAGAAACGUGCUGUACUGUCCGAAUCUCUUCCAAGCAGAUGUUACUCUCUCGUCUAUUUCUUUCGCCAUCUCAUUUCCUGGUGUUAGCAGUCUUCCCAAGUACUUGUACUCAUCCACCUCCUCCAGUUGUUCUCCAUCCACAAUUAUUCCUUUCCUUCUUCUUUUCCUAGCUAUUUCAUUGCACAUGAUUUUCGUUUUCUUUCUGUUCAUUUUCAUGCCAUCUUUUCUCCCUUCCUUGUUCAGAUCGUUGAUCAGCUUGCUGAGAUCCUCUUCCUUUUCUGCAAAUAAGAUGAUAUCAUCUGCAAAUCUCAGGUUGUUCAAUCUCUCUCCGUUGAUGUUAAUUCCCACUUCAACUUCCAUUCUCCUGAAUAUUUCUUCCAACGCUGCUGUGAACAUCACUGGUGACAAGGUGUCUCCUUGCCGCACUCCCUUCAUGAUCUUAAUCUUUCGGCUAAGUGAUUCGUUCCGAACCUGAGCAGUGCCUCCAUCAUAUGUCUCUUUCAGGAUGUUGAUGUACUUCUCCUCUACGCUGUGUUGUUUUAGCGCUUCAAAAACAGCCUUGUGCAGUACAGAAUCAAAGGCUUUUUCGUAGUCUACAAACGCCAUAUGAAUGGGUAUUUUAUACUCAUUGGUUUUCUCGAGUAUUUGCACUACUGACUGCAGAUGGUCGAUGGUUGAAUGACCUCUUUUGUAGGCAGCUUGUUCUGGCGGCUGGUGGUCACUCAGAUUGUUAUUCAACCUGUUCUUCAAGAUCUUCAUGAAGAGUUUGUAGACUUGGGAGAGUAAACUGAUUGGUCUAUAAUUAGCAAGGUCUUUCUUGUCUCCCUUCUUAAAUAUGAGUGCUAUAAUGGCAUUUUUCCACUCGUUGGGUAUCUUUUCUUCAGUCAUCACUCUAUUGAAGAGUGUUCUCAGCUUUGAUCUCACAACUUCACCUCCGGCUUUGAGCAUUUCAAUCACAAUCUGAUCUUCUCCAGGUGCUUUGUUAUU